AUGUUCAAUUUGCUGUUCGUUCUGGCCGGAGCAACAGCCCUGCUCUUGUACUACCUAACCCUCUAUAUCCUCUUACCCAAGCAAAGAACAAAUCAGCUGCGAGGUCGUGUACCUCUUCACACCUUUGAGGACCGACCAGACACGUACGAGAACUAUGUCAAGUCGACUCGUCAACUGCAUUAUGCAGGCUACAAGAAAUACAUCCAGAAGUCGCUACCAUAUCGGGUGAAGACGAGCGCAGGGGGCGAACGAAUCAUUCUUCCUUUCAAGUAUUUGGUCGAGAUUAAAAAUGCUCCACAGAGUGCCAUUAGCCUUCCAGAUGAGAUGGAGGAAUUACUGCUGAUGAAGUACACGGGUGUUCCUCAGCGAACGGAUUCUGGCACAAAAGUCGUCCGUGUUGACAUGACAAGGAAUCUAGGAAACUUUGUCCAAGCAAUGAAUGAAGAGUGCGUGUACGGCUUCGAGAAGUACAUGCCUGUGGAAAACGAAUGGCAAAAUAUCAAGCCAUAUCACGUCUUUGCCAGGAUAGUCGCAUUGAUCUCAGGUCGUGUCCUGGUUGGGCAACAGUUAUGCAGAGACGAGGCUUGGAUCAGAUUGAGCAUGGAAUUCUCAACUCACGCUUUCGGUGCAGCACGAACUCUUCGAAGUGGCAAUAAGUGGCCAUGGUCGAUGCGGCUAGCCUCGCUCACUGAGCCCGCCGUGAAAGGGAUCUUGCAGCGGCAACGAGAAGCGGAAGCCUUGAUAAAACCCAUAUGCGAGGAGAGGCUACGCCUGAAAAAUAAUCCCGAUUGGAAGAAACAAGACGAUGGCAUCCAAUGGCUCCUCGAUAGCCACUCCAACAGUGGCGAGUCAGCAGACGAAGUUGUAAAGAGCCAACUCCGACUCACCAUGGCCGCCAUACACAACACUACCAUGAGCGCCACGAACGAUCUAUUCGAUUUGAUCGAACAUCCAGAAUACAUCGAAAUUCUCCGAGAAGAAGUCAACACCGUGCUCACCGAAGAGCAAGGCUGGACGAAACAAGCUUUGACCAAAAUGAGAAAAAUGGAUAGCUUCAUGAAAGAGAGUCAACGCAUGAAUCCAUCAACGCCAAUCACUUGCAAGCGAAAAGUGAUGCAAGACUUCACCCUGCACGAUGGACUCAUCUUACCUCGGAGCUCACACGUAGCAUUCACCUCAGACGCUGUGAAUCGAGAUCCUGAAAUUUAUCCUUCUCCGGAUACCUUCGAUGGUUUGAGAUUCCACAAACUUCGUACAGCACGCUGCAGUAAUGAGGAUGGAGCUAUAUCUGCGAAUGAGACAAAGUACCAGUUUGUGACCGCGACGCAAGAGUACCAAAAUUGGGGUGCUGGUGGCCAUGCUUGUCCAGGCCGAUUCUUUGCGAGCAACGAGAUCAAGCUCAUGCUAGCUUACCUGCUUCAGAACUACGACUUUUGCUGGAAAUAUGGCGAAAGUAGAACUGAGAGUGCUGUCAUUGACUGGAAUAUUCUGCCUGAUCGGGAGAAAGAAGUGAUGUUCAGACGAAGGAGCCAGCAGUAG